AUGUGGUCAAAGAUUUUUAGGCUUUUUGGCGCCCCUAGGUACUGCGACAUGCCAGACACCAACCUACCAACCGCGAGCUGUGAAGAGGCCAUUAUCCAGCUAAGAAAGUUUGGAUACGCCUUCGAUGACACUGGGGUACUCCGUAAAAUUGAUCCCGCCACCGGCGAACCUGGAAACGACCAGUUCUCCUACAACAUUAGCGAUGACGCCUCUGAGAACGAGAAGCAUUACCAGAAAUUAGCCGAUCAAAUUCCAGAAAUCGUGUACGCUCUGCUGGAAAAGGAGGGCCUAAGGCGGACGUACAUUCCUUUUGGAAAGCCGCCUGAACAAUCUUCCUUUGUAUACUCUCUGCCUGCAAAGCUGUCUCAGUCCAAGAAGCUCCUAGUUCUUAUCCAUGGGAGUGGACAAGUCAAGGCGGGACAAUGGGCUAGAAGCCUAAUCAUCAACAACUCCAUAGACCACGGAACUCAACUGCCGUAUGUGCGACAGGCCCGAAAACUAGGGUAUGAUGUUCUCAUCACCAAUGCAAACGAUGUAAAUAGGUUUUACGACGGCAAAGAUAAUCCCAUAAAGGGUGUGGAAUCGCCAACGCAACACACCAAGUAUGUUUGGAAGAAUAUCGUGAUUCCCUCUAAUCCAGAGAGUGUGGCGAUUGUAGCUCACAGCUAUGGGGGCUGUCUUUCAAUGGAUUUGGUAGAGAAGUUCGCGGAAUUUUUUAAGGAGAAAGUAUUUGCGAUUGCCUUAACCGAUGCAGUAAUGGGCACUAUUGAGAACAACAAAGAGUACAUAUCUGAAGUGGCGUGCGACUGGGUUACCAGCAAGACUCCACUGGGCACACCCGUAUUGACCACCAAGGGCAGCAUCCGAAAGGUUUCAGCAGGGCACACCAAGCACGAGUGGACCUCGUAUACCGCCAUCGAUUCCAUAUUUAAGUACAUGGAGAAGAAGUACGAAAAAAGGGCAAACAAAAAGUGACAGCCCAAUGUCAAUGUGUUGAAGAAAUUUUGUAAACCCCUAGUAUAUCCUAAAAAUGUGAAUAUAAAUUAUAUUUUUACCGCAUA